CUCAAAUCCUAAAAGCCUCCUAAAAGGUUUCUUCCAAUUUUCCAAGUACGCUUCGCUCUUCUCCUUCACAACAUCUCCUCCUUUGUUGCAGCUUCUCUGAAUUUCUAUAUUCGUAAUCUGACUAUUGUUUCUUCCAUUUUCGGGCCGUGGUGAUUUGCAGAUACCGAAAGAUGGGAGCUACGAAACUUUCGGGGAUGCAAAAGCAAGUCCUGAGUCUCUACAGAGGCUUCCUAAGAGCAGCUCGUUCGAAGCAAACAACGGAAGACAGGAGGAGGAUAGAGACGAUCGUGUCGACGGAGUUUCGCAAGAACUCGAAGGAGGUUGACCGUAAGAACUUCCAGUACAUCGAGUAUCUGCUUCGGUUAGGUCAUAAACAACUUGAUCAGCUCAAAAGUCCUGACAUGGUUUCCAUCUCCUCUGUGAAGAUCAACUAAGUCUUAUAUCUCAAAAGGUGAUCAUAUCUGUUAUGUUAGAACUCAUCAUAGAUGAAACUGAUUCCCUUUUCCUCUCAAAAAGUUUUUAACAUUGGUUGAUAUGUUGUAUUGAUAAUAUGCAUAGCUUGAACAA